GGCAACUAAAACCUUGCUUAAAAUCGAAAUCAGGGCCCAAAAACCCUAGUAAAGGUGGUGCCGGCUCUCUUCUCUUCUUCUACCUUCGUUUCUAUUCUCUUCUCUUUUCUUCUUUCUCCCUCACUGUUCCAGUUGCAGCCUAUAACUCAGCGUUUCGGCAGCAUGAUACGCGGAGGGCUAAACUAUGUUUCUUCCGCUCCUGCCUUUUCUAAGGACGGGAAGCGCCUUUUCGUUUGCAGCGGCACUUCCGUCUCCGUCUUCAGCACCGCCACCGGCUCCCUCGUUUCCUCACUCCAAGGUCACACCGCCCUCGUUACCGCCGUCGUCGUGGUUCCCACCACUGCCUCGUUGCUAUCAUACUGUUGGACUGCCUCUGUCGACGGAACAAUUCGCCAAUGGGAUUACUCCGUUCCGGAAUGCGUCAAGAUUCUUGACCUUCGCUUUCCCAUUUUCUCCUUGGUGGUGCCUUCGGCAUUGUCCACUAGGGAAGAAAAAGACGCCAAGUCGUCGCCCAAUGUUAUUGCUUACGUGUCUGUUGAAAGUAUAAAUGCACAGGACAAUCGCCCCAAGCCACGUUUUGGACAGAUCAGGAAGUGUAAUUUGACCAACUUUCAUACUGUUAGCAGCCUAAUAUUGAGAGAGACUGAACAACCAGAAUCUCUAACCAUUAGUCCCUCGGGAAAAUUUUUGGGUAUAAAAGACAAGCGAAAACUUCAUAUAUGGAAAGUUCCUAAAAUGGAUUCUGAUUCUGCUGUGUCUAAGAAGAUUACCCUGCAUCACACAAAGACCUUUACAGUUCUUGCAUUCCACCCUACAGAGAGAAUUGUGGCUGCCGGUGAUGUAACUGGAAGAAUUUUAAUUUGGAGAGGAUUUGGAGCUCAGAAAUUCCUCAACAGUAGUGUAUUAGUGAAUGGAAGACCGACAUAUAACGAUGAUAAACCUGGGGUGAGGGAAAAUGAUGAUGCUGAAUCAUGUUGCACGUGGCAUUGGCACUCUUCUGGAGUGAGUCAUUUAUCUUUCUCUUCAGAUGGAGCCUACCUCUACUCAGGUGGGAAGGAAGGGGUUCUUAUGCUUUGGCAGUUAGACACAGGAAACAAGAAAUCUUUACCAAGAAUUGGGUCUCCACUUCUUUAUUUUGUAGAUUCUCCUGAUUCAUCCCUCUCCGCAUUAUCUUGUGCAGAUAAUCAAAUCCAUAUAUUGAAAAUGCCUUCAAUGGAAAUAAUAAAGUCUAUUUCUGGUAUCAAGCCCCCUUUGUCUUCUCAAGAUAUAUGUGAAGGUCUUUCUAGCCGAGUUUCCUUUGACUGCACUUCUGGCUCAGUGGCUGUACAGACAGAAAACUAUCGCAUCCAAUUCUACAGCUUGUUUGCUAAUCGGGGAGUUUAUGAGGUUCAAGUAUGUGAAAGAAACCAUCAACCAGUUGAUGAGAUCACGCUGGUGGUGAGCUUGGUGGAGCUGUCCAUCGAUGGCUCUAUGAUGGGUACAGUGGAAAUCAAACUUCCUGAAGAUGGAAUAGGAGGUCUUGUUUGUUUGAAGUUCUGGGAUUUGGAUGAUAACCAGAGAUUUUCAGUAUCCACCCUUAUUUAUGAACCUCACAGGGACGCUCAUAUUUCUGCUGUUGCUUUCCAUCCAACUCGACACAUGGCUGUAAGCUCAUCGUAUGGUGGAGAUUUCAAGGUAUGGGUCUGCAAGGAAGAAAUUGAGCACAAAGGCCAGAUGCUUCAGACUUCUGGUUGGAUGUGUCAUGCUGUUGGGUCAUACAAAAAUAAAGCCAUGAGAGCUGCUGCUUUUUCAGCUGAUGGUUCUGUGCUGGCUGUUGCAGCAGACACUGUUAUUACAUUGUGGGAUCCUAAUAAUAAUGUCCUUGUUGCUGUUAUAGGGGAAACUCCGAUGCCUAUCACGAGGCUUGUCUUUGCUGGAAGCUCAGAUUAUCUUCUGUCCGUAUCACAUGGUUCAAAACCGCAGCUUUCUGUUUGGAGUAUGUCAAAGUUAGCUGCAUCUUGGUCAUACAGACUCCAAAUAGAAGCUGUCUCCUUUGCAAUAGAUUUGUCAUAUUUUGCUGCCCUUGUUCUCCUUCCGGAAUCGAAUGAUUGUACAUUUAAAGGUGAUGGGAUUAUCUUGUUAUUCAACGUGAAAGAUCCUGUUCCUGUGGCUUCCUGGUCUGUAAGCAAGGCCAAGGGAGGGGGACUUGCUUUUCUCAAAGGAGAUCCAUCUGAAUCAGCAAUUACUGACGGGAGAGCAUCACAGCCGCUGCUUGUAUAUAUAAACGGAGAUCGUGAAUAUGUCAUCUUUCAUCCAUAUGGCAAAGAAGCCCGUGAGCUUAGUAUCACCGGGCACGAAGAUCGUGUGUUUGAAGAAACAGGACAAUCUGGAUACACGUCAAUUUAUGGAGAGCUACCCAAGUUUGAUUUGAAAAGGAACAUAGCUUCACCAAUUCCAUCUGCUGCUUCCGAGAGGCCCUGGGAGACCAUAUUUAGUGGAUCAUCCCAUUCGUUGCCUCCCCUCACCAAAUUGUGCUCGGAAUUUUUGGAGUCCUUGUUGGAGAAAAGGACAACGACUGUAGAAUGACACACUACAUACACGAAACCGUCAGUGGAUUAUAUUUUUCUUUGACGUCACUCAGCGGAGCUCAAGAGACAUAAAGACCGGGCUUUAAGAUAUUUUGUAUGUGCCCUUCAAGACUGGUCCAAGCACUACCUUCCACCCUCUGCAGGUUCGGUCUGGCAUUAGCAAUUUGCCAUUUUCACAUGAUGAAUGAAAUUAGCUGAUGCAGGAAAAGAUGGGACAACAAAAGAUUUCGGCUUUUAAGUUGUUGCCUCAGAUCCACCUUGCAACACCGAUUUUGCCUUGCUAGUGUGACCUUUUUAAUUUAUAUAUUCUUUGGUUAUAAGUUUUUGGAUGAGGUCAAAUUUUUGAGAGUAAUGAAUGGUGUUAGUUUGCAGUUUAGCCAUGUUGUAUGCUUGUAAUCGUUCAAACGAGUCUAGGUAGUAUAGCUGCGAAUGCUGUAGAAGCUACGGUGCUUAUUUCUUACGUCUAAAUGUUAGGAAUUCUGAUCCUAAAUACAUAGUGAUAAUCCAGUUUUGCCCUCUUUA